AUGUCUUCUCUGGAGCAGUGCCCUCUGAAGCACGACAGAAGGAGCGGCGGUGGCACUCGGCUGAAGGAGCGGCCGAUGCUGAUCGUGAGGGUCAGCGACGACGAUCAGCUGCGCCGUAUCUACGAUUUCGGAGACGAACUCGGCCGCGGACGAUACGGGGUGGUCGUGCAGGCACGCGCCCGCCUCACUCGCAUGUCCUGGGCCAUCAAGGUCAUCAACAAGAGCCAGGCCAAGUACCCUGGCAUGAAGUUGGUGGAUCGAGAAAUUAGAAUCUUGCGCCUCAUUACGCAUCCAAACAUUAUCCACUUGGAGAAGGUCUACGAAUCGCCAAAGAAGCUGUACCUGGUGUUCGAACUUUGCUCGAGCACUCUGGCUCAGGAGUUCAGUGAGCGCCGGCAGUUCACCGAGGCGGACGCCCGCGAGGUGAUCCGCAAGCUGGCCAGCGCGGUCGCCUACCUCCACAGAAACGGCAUCGUGCACAGGGACCUGAAGCUGGAGAAUAUCCUGCUGACAACGAACCCGGCCGACCCGGAGGACAAACUCUACAUCAAGGUGACCGACUUCGGGCAGAGCGUCGUCCGAAGCGGAGUCGCCCACGACCAGAUGCUGCACGAGCGCUGCGGCACCAUGGCCUACAUGGCGCCCGAGGUGCUGGAAUCGCGAAUGUACUCGCACCAGUGUGACGUCUGGUCCAUGGGCGUCAUCACGUUUGUGCUGCUCGUCGGCGAGUUCCCGUUCACCGGCGACAAUCCCGACCAGCUCAAACAGCGAGUACUCAACGACGAGCCUCCAUUUGUCAAUCAACAUUUUGUAAAUGUCAUCUUGGAUUCUGACCUCAUAGAGUCUGUGCCUGUAUGCAAAGGCCGCCAUCUUGGAUUUCUAUACUUAGUACAAGUGGCCUACUUCCACCAGUAUGACAAUACAUCAUCUUGGAUUUUGAAUCUCCCACUAGUUUAUACUUAG